ACAACCACCACAACAACAACCACAACAACCACAACAACAACAACCACCACAACCACCACAACAACAACAACCACCACCACAACAACAACCACCACCACAACAACAAUCACCACAACAACAACCACCACCACAAUAACCACCACCAUAACAACAACCACCACCACCACAACAACAACCACCACUACAACCACCACAACAACAACCACCACAACAACAACCACCACAACAACCACCACCACCACAACCACCACAACAACAACCACCACAACAACAAUAACCACAACAACAAUCACCACAACAACAACCACCACCACAACCACAACCACCACAACAACCACCACAACAACCACCACAACAAUCACCACAACAACAAUCACCACAACAACAACCACCACCACAACAACAACAACCACCACAACAACAACGACCACCACAACAACCACGACCACCACAACAACAACGACCACCACAACAACCACCACAACAACAACCACAACGACCACCACAACAACCACCACAACAACAACCACAACAACCACCACAACAACCACC